GAAACUUCUGAGAAGGUGACAUUUGAGUAAAGAUCUGCAGAAUGUCAGCUUGAGGGCAGGGAUUUAUGUCUGGUUUUGUUUGAGGUUGUGUCCCUAGCACCUUGAACAGGGCCUGGCCAUUGUAAGCUUUCAGUACUGAUUUGUUGAGUGAAUGAAAGGCUGUAAGGGAAGGAAUCAUGGAUAAUUCGAAGAGUGUUUUUAGGGAGAAGAGAAAGUGCAAAGACUUCCAGGCAGUAAGGUAUCUAGUGUGUUCCUGAGACAAAGCCAGAGUGGCUGGAGCUCAGUGAACCCCAGGGAGAGAAGUGACAAACAGGACAAAUGGAUAAAAGGACAUCUCAGGGACCAUUUAAAAGCAUCAGCUUAACUUUGUAUGCAUGCUCUGUUUUUGUUUUUGUUUUUGUUUUUUUGAGACAAUCUCCCUCUAGCCUAGGCUGCCCUUAAACUGUUCAGCAGUCGGCCUGCCUCGGCCUCCCCCAGUGCUGAGAUUACAGGUGAGUACCAACAUGCCUGGCUUUCAGCUUAAUUCGGAAUGAAAUGAGAGCCCCUGCAGGGUUUUGAGGAAAGAAGUGACAGUGUCUGCCUUGAGUUUUCAUAGGAUCAUUCUGGGUGAUGAAGAGGACACAUGGAAGAGGCAGGUGCUGAAACAGGAAGACCAAAGAGGAGACCCAUCCUGAAAUACCCAAGCUCUGUGUGGGGUAAGGGGAGUCGAGAUCAAUAAAUCCAGGAAUCUGUCCAGUGAAGUAGUUGUUAAAUUUGUCCGUACAUCUUAAUUUCCUGGGUACCCUUGGCAGAAGUGCAGAUGGUGAACCCCACCCCCUAAAAUCCUAGUUUAGGGGAUCGUGGGCAUCGGGAAGGAAGCUGUACUUACUUGAAUAAACAUCUGCUGACUUAACCACGGACAGGAACUCCACUAGGAUGUUUGUCUGUGUUGGAGAAGGAGGCCGAGGCGCGGCGUCCAGCGGAGGGCGCACACGGCCGGUCGCCGCGACAGCGAAGGCGACAGCGCGGGUUCCCGGCUCUUGGCAAGGAGGGCCCUUUCUCUUUUCUCUCUCAGAAGCUCAGACAUGACCAGGAAGAUCUUCACAAACAGCAGGGAGCGGUGGAGGCAGCAGAAUGUCAACAGUGCUUUUGCCAAGCUGAGGAAACUCAUCCCCACCCACCCUCCAGACAAAAAACUGAGCAAAAAUGAAACGCUUCGUCUAGCAAUGAGGUAUAUCAACUUCUUGGUCAAGGUAUUGGGGGAGCAAAGUCUACAGCAAACAGGCGUGGCUGCCCAGCGGGAUCUCCUGGGGCUUUUCCUAGCACCCCACCUACCGGGCCUGGAGGACAGAACCUUACUGGAGGAAUACCAGGUUUCUUCACCUGGCCCAAGCCACCGUGUUGCAUAGUUGGCUUUGGCUGUCAUCUCCCAGGGCAGUACUCAUUCAGAAGUCACUGGCUGUGGACGGACUGUUCGUUUUCCAGAAAUGACUUGAUGGAGAAUCGGGACUCAGGACAGGGGCAGGGAGCUGAAAGGAGGCCAUGAGGAAUGUGGCUCUGGAGCCCAUUGCCCCCAGGACUUGAGGGGGGACACAGCCUGCUUCUGUCUGUUCUAUAAAUCUAGGUUCUGCAUAAGAUGUUUGCAAAAAGGAAAAAAACCUCAAAGGCUUAAAAACCAUUGUUUUACUCAAGAACCUUAGUACUAAGGCAGAAAUUUUCUCCUAACGGAUCACAGACAAAUAGCAGAAUGUUUCCCUGAUAACAUAUUUAGAAGUUCCUUUUGAAAAAGGAGACAUAGUUGAUCAAGGGCAAAUAAAAGAAAUAUUCAGAUUGAUGAAUGAAAAGAUAGCCCCCGCAGAAACUAACCUGGGUAAGAAAAUCUGUGGGGAAGAGUCCCGUCUAAGGAGUGAGGAUUAUCUCUGUGGGGAAGAGCUCUGUGUUCUUUAAACUCUCUGGAAGUGUGAGGUACUACUUGCAUUGAGUAACACCACUGUAACAGUUAAUCUCUGAAGACAAAUAGUGGGUUUCAUUUGUAAAAGGAGAGACUUGGUAAUUUAUGAGUUAGAGUUCAUAGUUCUCUUAUUUAAAGAAGUCAGCUAAGAUAAGUUAGGAAACCCUUUAGUUCCACAUGUCAGGUAUUAAAAUUUUUGACUCAGUCUGAGUUCCUGCUGACUUGAGUCCUGUAAAAUUCAGUUACAAUUAUGAAAAUCCAAACAUUAUGUUUUAACAACUCAUUUAGCAAAGCUUAGUCUAAAUAAAACAUUUAGAGUAAACAACAGACGUGUAAUAACAGACUCUAAUUACUAUUGCAACUUCCCUUCCCCGCCAUGGAGCACUAGCUCAAUCUUGUGCUGGGGGGUAAGGUGGUACCCAACGCCAAUGAAAUAACAUGGAUUUAGACCACUCAUCACCACAGGCCAUCUGAUCCGAAUGGUACUUGGAUUCAAAGGUAAAUUCUAUAGUUGAGCCCAGAAUGCAAUGAAUGUCAUUUGAUUAUCUCUGGGACAUUUUAUUUCUCCAAGGUUCUUGACAGUUACAUUGGUUUUAAAAUCUUCUGAACCAUAGGCAAGAAAGCUAUGGAUUUGUGGUUAGGAAUUUCCAGUAGAUAUACAAUAGAAGAACUUAAAUUUCCUGCCACUCUAGAGAGAAUUUUAUGAAAAGUUGAAAUGAGCCCCUUGGUUUGGUGGAUGGGAAGAAAUCUGACAGGUCUCUUACAAUCUCCUCUCCUUCUAGCAAGAUCAUUAUGUCAUUAAGGUCUACAGCCUUUGCAUUUAUAGCACAAUGAGUUUAUCUGAACCAGCAAGGUUUCCUUCCAGGUUCUUUUAUUUAACCUGCAUUCAAUAAACUUCCCCUCGGACCCAAUGGAGUUCAGGAAAAUACAUUAAGCACAGACACCAGGGUAUUUUUCUCUGAAUGGGCAUUUCUUUCUCCUCAGCUUAGGUAAUUUACAAGGUGACAGUACAUGUCAAAGUUUUGAUGACAGCUGUCAAUUGGGUAACAUUACUCUCGCAACUGGCAUUAAAUCAAAAUAACACUAUUGACAGUAUUUUCUUUUCUUAGCUUCAUUUGAACAUGUUGCCAAGGAAAGCACAGCUGUUCCUCAUUAUAGGGUUUUGCUAUUUUACCCAGAAAGAGUCCACUUUCCUGCAGCUGGGGCUGUGGUCUGUGUGCUCAAAGGGGGCCUCCCACUAAAAUGGAACAGAGAGCUCCUGAAAAGCUAUGAAGAGACUGAACUAUCAUUACACUACAUGAGUGGGAUAAUUAUUUAAAGAAAACCUGCAGGAAAUCCAUUGAGAAACAAAUAAAUUUUUACAUUAUUACUCUAUGUAAUUCACGUCUUAAAAUAUCUAUUUCACCACCUUGGAUUCUUAUAUAUCAUUUUGUAUAUCUCUUUUGUAUUAGAUUAAAUUGACUGUCAAAAAGAAUUGUAAUCACAUCUGAACCAAAAUCUUGACAAGGUAUCCAUGAAACUGGAAGCUAAUUCAAAAAUCACUCCAGCACCUUCUUUAGUAUCUAUACUUAAGGCUUGGUGAUUGCAGCAGUAAGAAUUUAUAGCUCAAAUGCAUUGUAAUUCACUAAAUGGUACAUCUAUUUAUGUGUCAUCUGAAUACAGCAGAAAAGUUUAGACAAACUGUGUGACCUGUGCUUCUCUGUUACGUGAACAAAAGUGUUUUGUCUGUCUGUGGACUUUCUAGUACUGUCCAUAGCCAGUACAGAAUGUAAGCAAGACUGGUAUAAGCUGAUUUAUAUACACCAUUUGAUUGGUUAAUUCCACUUCCUCAUUUUGCAGAGGAGAAAACAGGUCCAGUGGGUUUUGAAGUGACUUUUCAAAGGUCACAUGGACAGUUAAGUGGAAACCCAGGACACCAAGGUCAGGUCUCCUGACCCUGCAUCCACCCUUUCCACAGCUCUGUUCAGCCACCAAAUAUUUUGGGAUUGAAAAUGAACAAGCACCUUAUCAUUAUUCUUCUCUGUUUUCAAAAGCUUUCAGUUAUCUUCUUCAUAUACCUUUUUAUUGAAAUGGAAUUAUCCUGUUUUAUAGAAUGUGAGUAGAUGUAUCAACCAAAGAUUUUAUUUGUUGAUGUGUUUUGGGAAUU